GUGGUUUUCCAACCUGGGCCACAGCUCUCCUGGUUGUCUUUGCUGUUCUUGUAUUUGGACUUGUAUUUAUUUUUCACGGGUAUUUUCUGCCAGUCCAACUGGUGGAGGUGGAUUCAGGGGAGGAGUCUGUCCUGCUGCCAUGUAAACUAUAGCUCACCUGACAAAGAACUUCAGACAUAUUAGCGUUAUGUGGAAGAACUUAGACAACAAAAAGCUCAUUAUGCAUAAGUACGGCUCUGGCCAACCUGAUCAACAGAACCGGAUGUACAGAAACAGAACAGAGAUGAAGAAACACUGGCUGAGAACUGGAGACUUCAGUUUAACCCUGAAACACCCGAGGGCUUCGGACGCCGCCAAUUACUUAUGCAUCGUCUACAACAAAAACAAGGUCCUGAAGGAGAAACAAGCGGUGCUGAAGGUCAAAGUCCAACAGGUGGAGGUGGAUUCAGGGGAGGAGUCUGUCCUGCUGCCCUGGAAAACCACAUUUCAUAUAGAGGACGUCAGUCAGGUCACAGUGAAGUGGACAGAUGAGGAUGACAAGAAGGUCCAUGUGUAUGAGGACGGCUCUGACAGAACUAAUGAACAGGACGAUGAAUACAGAAACAGAACAGAGAUGAAAGAAGACCCACUGAGAACUGGAGACCUCAGUCUGACCCUGAAACACCCCACAGACUGGGACAGUUACACCUACACCUGCACCGUCUACAAAAGAGACAAGCAGAUCCUGAGGAGGAAACAAGUGCGUCUGGAGGUCAAAGUCCAACAGGUGGAGGUGGAUUCAGGGGAGGAGUCUGUCCUGCUGCCCUGGAAAACCACAUUUCAUAUAGAGGACGUCAGUCAGGUCAGAGUGGAGUGGAUGGCCUAUGGUGCCAGGAAGGUCCAUGUGAAUGAGGACGGCUCUGACAGAACUAAUGAACAAGACGAUAAAUACAGAAACAGAACAGAGAUGAAAGAAGACCCACUGAGAACUGGAGACCUCAGUCUGACCCUGAAACACCCCACAGGCUGGGACAGUUACACCUACACCUGCACCGUCUACAAAAGAGACAAGCAGAUCCUGAGGAGGAAACAAGUGCGUCUGAAGGUCAAAGUUCAAGAGGUGGAGGUGGAGGAGGGGGCAAAGUCGGCCCUGCUGCCCUUCAGCAUAACCCCUGACCUGCCUCAGGACGCCACAGUGGAGUGGAGGUACUAUACUAAUGUCUAUGAAUACAUGUAUGUCCAUGUGUAUGAGAAGACGUUAGCUCAACUUGGUCAACAGCACUGUAAAUACGAAAACAGAACAAAGAUGAAUGAAGACCCAUGGACAACUGGAGACUUAAGUCUGACCCUGAAUGACCUCCAACAGGACGACUCUGGAAGAUAUGAAUGUAAAGUCAUCAGAGAGGGAGUCACCCUGAGAGGGAAAACAGUGGAGCUGAAGGUCAGAGGUCAGAGGUCAUGUGGGUCUCUGUCUUCUGACUCCUCUGCAGACAGAUCUCAGAUCACAUAUCAAUUUCCUCCAAUAAGAGAAGAUGCAGAAGCUGAGGAAGCUGUUUGAUUGAUCUGUUGUGUAUGUGUUUCUAUUUAUCAAGUCAAACUCCUAAACUGAGGUUUGAUCUUAUUCUUCUUGAAUAUAUGAAACAGGUAAAUACAAUAGAAAUCGACACACUUCAAACCACUCAAACUAUGCUUUUAGACUCUUCAUUAUUGUAUUUCUAGUGUUUGUUGUUCUCUGAUGACAAAUUUUUCACAGCAGUAGUCUGUCCUCCAAACCAAAGAAAAUCCAAACAAUCAAAUCAAAACCACUGCAGCAAAAUCUGACAAAUGAACAGUGUCAAAGAGGAUGGAUUUUCCAACAGGAUGAUGAUCUGAAACCUAUCUGUAAAUCCACCAUGGACGACCUCAGAGACUGCAGCUGAAGGUUUUGAAACAGACCUCACAGUCCCAGACUUGAACAUCAUUGAACAUCUGUGGGUAGAUCUGUCAUGGGGGGGAUUUAAUGUUAUCAAAGCUUCAGCUGUAUGUAGUUCUAGUCGGUUUCCAUUUAGUUUUCUCUUUUUUUGUUUAAUGGUUUGACCAAACCUCUAUAUAUGCUCCCACUGUGUCUCAUUUUGUUGGGUCAGUUUUUGUCAGUUUGUGUGGUGCAUCAGUUCUUGUUCUCAGCCUUAGUUGCUAUUAUUUUUGUGUACAGUUCUGUUAUGUUGACCUCUUUUACAUACUUAAUUAUUAAAACUAUCAUUUGUAAUCAUUUUUUGCAUAAUUUUGGGUGAAUAAAAACCCACACCUGUCUCUUGGUCGUCUUACUGCUCGGUCCCUAACAAAGAUAAAAGAGAACAGUGAAGCAUCAGUCCAGUCCUACAGAGACAGCACAUCUAAUCCAAACAUACAAAAGCAGCACAUACAAUAGAAUCGCACAGAAUACAUCAGCACAGAAUCACAGACAGAUGUAAACAGACAUUACAUAUGGAAAAACAGCAUCUAUGAUCAUGACACAAAUAACACACAGACACAGGUUAGUGUGUACAGGUGUAGUUGUCUGCAAACCAUGUUUUUAAUUUGGCUGUAAAAGUGCAGUAUGUAUGUGUAUCUUUACUGUGGGUGGGAAGUGAGGUCCAGUUUUGUGUCGCUUUAACAUAAAAUGAGAACUGACCUAAUGUGCUUUUCCUGAAUGGAACUGAUAAGUCACCCCGUGUGGUGCUUCUGCUGAUUGGACUAGUGUUAUUACGUUGGUUUAUGAAUGAAUUUCAUGCUGUGACCCUCAAUAAAGGGGUCUGACUAAUAACAGAGUGUGGAAUUUUUACACGUCACAGUUGUGUCUUUUAAUGCUGACAGUUUUUCCCCAUAUCCUAUAGAGCCCAAAGUUUUUCACUCAACUAUAUUUCAUACUGUAGGUGUAUAAAUCAGUUUUGACCUGGAGUAGAUUGUGGUCAAUCUGUACAAAAUGAAGAAUACACGUUAACUUGAUCUGUUGUUGUUGCCUCUACAUCUUCGGCAUCUCAGGUUAUCUGAAGAUCCCAGUUCAAGUCCAACACAUACUUGUUUUUGUGUUCUAAUGAGUACAGAGAUACUAUAACAUGGAGAUCCUGUAGGUCUUCUUUCCAGCCCUUCUAAUAUGAGAUCUAACCCUUAUUGUCCAGUCUCCAAAAAUCAACUCUUUUAAUAAACUAAGUCGACUUUCUGGUCCCGCCAUAUGAAGAUGUGUCCAGCAGAUGGCACCACUGUUUCUGCCUGUGAACUUCAUUUGGAUCCAGAGGGUCACACAGCUCCAUUUCCAGUUCUUGCUCAGAAGUAAUCCAUCCCUUUCAGAUCUGCUUCUCACAGAACAGAAUAACGGUUGCAGUUGAGUCUGAGCAUCCACAGAGUGGUGUUUACUGCAGAUCAGCCACUGUUUCUGAAGUGAGGAACUGACCAAACUGGAGAUCUGCUUCAAAUAUGAAACCAGUGACACAUUAGUGGAGCUGAUAUGAGCAUGCCACCACUCCUGUUCACACUGACUUUAUCCAAAACCAGCCACAGUUUGAACAGGUGAUCAUUUAAAAGACUUCAGCACAAACUGAUUAAAUAAACAAGUUCUGGUUUUAUUUCCUACAUUUGGGUGCUUUCAGUUAUUAUUUGGGGUUCUUUUUUGGUUUGUUUUUUUAUAGAACAAAACACAACAUUUGAAGACAGCACUCAUCUAACUCACCAAAUCGUCCUGAAAGUUGUUCACUUUUCAUUUUAAUUUAGAAGAACCAUUUGUCCAUCGUAAAUCAGAAUAAUUGCUAAAAUAAUUUUAGUAUUUUAGGUAUUUAUUUAUUUAGUUACAAGACAGCGCGUAUUGGCAUUAGUUACAAAGAACAAGAUGGGUGCAGCAGAUUUAGCAGAGGAGCUAAUUCCCAUCUGUUGUCCUGGACAAACAAUCAACAUAAUAAAACAUCACAUGGUUCCAGAGUACUAAUAUACAGAAUGAAAACCAUGAAACAAUGACAGAUAUAGGAACAUAUGCUCAGGCUGAACGGUUCCAGCCAAAUACAUGAAAAGGGGCUGACAUUCUAAAAGUACAAAAACAUUUUCCUAGAAUAAGAAUAAAAUAUGGAAGAAAGAAGAAGAGAGAGAAAAAAAAGAAAGAAAAAUUGAAGACUAAAUAA